AGCACUCCGUCUACUUAAACAAGCUCGACCUACUCGAAUGGAAGUCGUUCCUGCUCACAGUAAAAGUCAUAUAAAUUUUCGCAGUCCACUGCACCUGCAACCGCCUUCUUUCAUCAGCUCUUUCCGUGAUUUUGCCGUAUCUGUUUAUCAGUUUCUACUCUUCCAUGCAAACCCAUUGUGGAUUCAGCUCUGUUACUUCUUCUUUGUUUCUUCCAUUGGUUUCCUACUUCUAAAGAUUUUGCCGAUGCGAGAUGCUGCGAGUAAGCCGGAGGACUUUGACUUGUUCUUCAUGGCGGUGUCCGCGAACACCGUCUCGAGCAUGGUCGCUGUCGAAAUGGAGUCCUUCUCAAACUCCCAGCUUGUAAUCUUAACUCUUCUAAUGCUAGUAGGCGGGGAGGUGUUCACUUCCAUAGUUGGCCUUCAGUUCACCAUGAUCAAGCUCGAGAAGAAGGAAACUCCAUAUAAUAAAGCUGGCAUAGAGCUGAGCUCCAAGGUACUCGCCGAGGUCCCCGACCAACUUGAGCUCGGGACAGUGGAGUCCGGUGCAAUCAGUCCCGAGAGUGGCUCGGACUUGAGGUACAAUUCUAUAAAGCACCUGGGCUUUGUGGUCUUGGGCUAUUUCUUAGUAUUUCACGUCACUGGCUAUGUGCUUAUCUUGGUGUAUCUAAGCCUCAUUCCAAGUGCAAGAGCUGUGCUUGAGGGCAAGGGGAUCCAUUUCCACACCUUCUCCAUCUUCACUAUGGUUUCUUCAUUCACCAACUGCGGGUUCAUUCCAACUAACGAGAACAUGAUGGUGUUUAAGAAUUGUUCGGGACUUCUUCUAAUGAUCGUAGUGCAGAUCCUCGCGGGGAACACGAUGUUCCCUUCAUUCUUGAGGUUGGUCAUAUGGAUCCUCAAGAAGCAUACAAAGAGGCAAGAGUACGAUUAUAUGGUGAGGAAUCACGGAGAGAUGGGGUUUGAUCACUUGCUCCCUGGCCCGCAUGCAGUGCUGCUAGCCCUCACCGUGCUUGGGUUUGUCCUGGUCCAACUCAUCCUCUUCUGCUGCUUGGAAUGGAGGUCUGAGGGCUUGGACGGGCUGAACCCAUACCGGAAGAUCGUGGGCUCACUCUUUCAGUCGGUCAACUCGCGGCACGCCGGCGAGUCCAUUGUUGAUAUCUCCACCGUCUCGCCGGCCAUCUUGGUGCUCUACGUGGUCAUGAUGUACCUUCCUCCUUGUACUUCUUUUAUUCCUUUAGGAGAUGGUAACGGGCCUUCAGAGCGUAAGGAAGGUGGCAGCAAGAGAAAAAACCUUGUGCAAAACCUGACUCUCUCGCAGCUCUCGAUUUUAGCCAUCUUCGUCAUCAUCAUCUGCAUCACAGAGAGGAAAAAGCUCUCCGAAGAUCCCUUGAACUUUAGCUUCUUAAACAUAGUCAUCGAGGUGAUCAGUGCAUUUGGCAAUGUGGGAUUCUCGACCGGCUAUAGCUGCAAACGUCAACUUAAGCCCACCGGGCAAUGCGUGGAUACAUGGGUUGGGUUUUCAGGGAAAUGGAGUACUGAAGGAAAGCUCACUCUCAUUGCUGUCAUGCUGUUUGGAAGGCUCAAGAAGUUCAGCAUGGGGGGCGGUAGAGCUUGGAAGCUUGGCUGAUCUAUGUAUACAUGCUUCGUUUCCAGUGUACUACAGUCGAUAGCUCGCUAUAUAAAGCAUGAAACAAUGGGGAUGGGAUUGGUUUUUGUAAGCGAUAUCAACUCAGAUAGUUAAAGCUAUAUAAGCAUGCCACAGGGCUCAUUUGAGUGCUUCAAUUGAUCACCGGUGUUUGAAAUCCAAAUGCGAUAAUGAUCAAACGAUUGAUUUCAAGUGCUU